AUGCGGAAGGGGCCGUCGCGGUCGGGGUCGGCGCGGCACCAGCAGUUCCGGGCGCGGGCCAAGACCCGCGUCGACGACCUGCAGGACAUGUUCUCCGGCCUCCAGUACGCGCGCAAGGAGGCGCGCUCCACCGACGCCGUCGUCCUCGAGGAGCAGCUCCACCAGAUGCUCCGCGAGUGGCGCGCCGAGCUCAGCGUCCCCUCCCCCGCCUCCUCCCUCCAGGGCAACAACCGGGAGCCGUCGGAUCCGCCGCCCGGGGCGCCGCGGCAGCUGCAGCUGGCCAAGGCCGAGGAGGAGGAGGAGGAGGACGACGCCACCAGCAGGCUCGUCGAGCAGCAGCCCCCGCCCCCCGCGAACCACGCCCUCAAGCACGAGCAGGGGGGCCAGGAGGACAUGAAGCCGGAGCCCAACGAGGAGCCGGUUGCGGAUCCCGUGACGGUGGCGCACUCGCUGCCUCAGGCCCAGGGAGCUAUCGCCGCUGGUGGAGGAGUGCUGCCUCCUGCUACUGCCGUGUUCCACGAUCAGAUGUACUAUGUGAACCAGGAACUUACCGUUGAGGAUUUUCUGUAUGACGAUGAUUACAAGAUAAACCUUCCUGGAUCCAAUCCAGAAAUCCUCAAUAACCUGGAAGGAAUAUGUCACCAGGAAUAUCCACAGUUCAAUUUUCAACAAGAGUUACCCCCUAAUGCGUAUCUUGAUAUGAACAACUAUGGGCAGAGUGCUGGAGAUGUUUUCCAUCACAUGUCAGACUUGCUCACAACAAUGUCUCCAGAACCUGCUGCAUUCCUCCGGCCAAAAUGCGCUCUCUGGGACUGCCCUCGGCCUGCUCAAGGAUCGGAAAGAUGGCAAGAUUAUUGCAGCAUGUAUCAUGCUGAAUUGGCUGUGAAGGAAGAGGGCCCUCCAGGCACAAUGCCUGUGAUCCGUCCCAGAGGCAUUGAUCUAAAAGAUGGCCCUUUGUUUGCUGCUCUUGGUGCAAAAACCCUAGGAAAGCAAGUCGGUAUUCCUGUUUGUGAAGGGGCUGCAACUACAAAGUCCCCUUGGAAUGCACCUGAACUUUUUGAUCUUUACAUUUUCGAAGGUGAAUCUAUUAGAGAAUGGCUUUUCUUUGACAAACCAAGAACAGCGUUUCACAGUGGUAGCCGGAAGCAAAGGUCAUUGCCAGAUUAUAACGGCCGUGGUUGGCAUGAAUCCAGGAAGCAGGUGAUGAAAGAGUUUGGGGGUCUGAAGAGAUCCUAUUACAUGGAUCCACAACCAUCCAGCAGCUAUGAAUGGCACCUCUAUGAAUAUGAGAUCAAUGAUUGUGACGCCUUUGCCUUAUACCGGCUUGAAUUCAAGUCUUCAGAUGCAAAGAAGAGUGCAAAAUCAAAAUUAGCCUGUAAUCCGCUGAAUGAAAUCCAGCAGCAAAUGGGUAGACUGAGUGCAGAGAGUCCUGUGGAAAACAAACGGACUGCCCGUGCCAGGGCAAAGGAGGUUGAUACGAAUAUCUACUCAGUUCAAAACAACACAGUUCAAGCUAAUGUUCCAAACGCUUACCAGGCAAUGUCACAAGUGGACCACCAGAUGACAUUUUUGAAUGGCAAUGUUGUUUAUGGACCUCAUCUUCCAUAUGGUUACUCGACAGAAAGAAAUGACUUCUAUUGGAACCCAAAUGACGGGGCAUGAUAAACAUUUUCAACUUGUGGCAUAUUUUCGCCCGCAAGUUCUAACAGUAUCAGCUGUAAUUAAGGGGUCUCUACUCUAUUGGCAAUGACCCCCCCAUAAUUCUAAUUGUAAUGGGCCAAAAAUCUACAGGAAAUAUCUCUUUGAGGCAAGGGAUGCAUCAUCCCUAAUGGCUGCUCUGCAAUCAGUGUCAUAUAUACUGCUAUAGUUUAGUGUCCUGACAGUAGUCUCCUUGGUAGACACGGAGCCAUUUGAUGGCUCUAUUUAUCUGUUGUGUUGCAUAUGCGCGAUACUUUCUGAAUCUUGAUGAAAUGUCGGUGGCCUUUCAAGGCAUUAACCUGCUGCUGAACUUGCAGGUUUCA